AUGGCUCACAUAGAGACCAAGGACCCGUUCGGCUUUGUGGGCUCGCACGUAGUUCGGAAACAGCCACGAAAGGGUGGAGAGGAGCAUGGGUGGCUCACACGGUACGACGAGGGGCUCGACUGCUAUACUUUGUUCGUGCCAGGAGGAGGAGAACCUAGAUUGUUGGCUCGAGGAGAAGUGAUGAAGUUCCUGUCGGCGCCCAAUAUCGAGCUCCACGAUGACGACCAGGAAGAGUUUCCCCCACCUGUGAAAGAUACCAGUACAAGUCGGUAUUUGGGUGUGAAGUUACGUCGACCUCGGGAAGCUUCAAGUGACAAUGAAAGCCACGUAGAUGAAGACAUACGGGGUCAUGUUACAUGUUUCUUGCCGUUUGGUGAUCGAUACUGUGUCGAGUAUGAGGACGGCUCAAUCGAAGAAAUGUCCGAGGCUGCUGUAAUUGACGGCAUAAUUGCUCUGAUCAAGUCUCCAUUCUUCUCGUCUCCUAGUCAUAAAAAGAUACAGAAUGGAUCUGUCAGGACAAGGAGAAGUAUUGAAGAAUUGGACGGAGAAGAUACAGCACAUAUUCGACGGAAGCGACAGCGGGUUGAAGCACCGACCGAUGAAAAUGUCCAGGAUAUCCCGUCCGGGUCUGAUGCUGUGGUUGGGAAUGUGUCCGACCAGCAACAGGAUAAUGAUAUCAUUUUAGUUGAUGACGCGGAGAUGGAAGCUGGUACAUUUACCGAGACGGAACCGGCUCCUAACAUUUUAGAGAUUAUGAGUAGCACUUUGGGCAAUACUACGCGAGAAAACUCGCUAGAACUGGCCAGUCAUCCAGUGGAAGAACCCAUUCUAAAGGAUGCCCCGUUCUACAUCAUCGAAAAGAAGCCACACGCGGCAAUAGAGCCACUUCCAAGACGCGCAAUGGCAUUUGAGCUUCUCCGAGCGUCGCUGCUGAAUCUGCUGGAUCAACGCGAGGCUACUGUCGUCAAGAUAGCCAUGCAGUACGACUUACUACGCAACCCUGACGUGCGAGACCGUGACGCUGUGAUCCGCUUUAUGGACGCUGACGGAUUACUUGUUCUUAAUCAUCUGUUGAACUCAUUUGCGACUGAAAUUCGCGAGCGCAUGGAACGAGAUGAUAAACUUCUUCACGUCAUGAAGAUUGUCGCGAUGCUCCCAACCCCGUCUAGAGACCAGGUGAUCGCUUCCAACAUAGGCAAGACCAUUAAUUAUCUGACCAAGAAACGCGGCCCACCAGGACGCAAAAGUGUCCUUCCCAAGUGCAUCACGGGUCUAGCGAAAUGGAUCAAGAGUUCGUGGAUCAAGAACAUUUCACCAGCUCCGAAGGUGUCGCCCAAGGCGGCUUCCAAGCCUCGACAGCCAGCGAAUCGGCGGCAGCAACAAGCUCGACGUGGCGGACGUGGUAGAUCUUCUGGACGUUCAAGUCACCAGUUGAACAGACGGCAGCCGCCGCCAUCACAGCGACCGCAGCCCCCACGUCGUGUCACUGGCGGACUCAAGCCCGAUUGGAUGAGGCAAAAGGAGAGUCUUUCGCGCUCUCGCUUCUGCAUUGAUGACAACGCGGUCGUUGACACGAGACUUUAUCGAGACAAUCGAGCGCGUCCUAUUACGAAUGUGCCUGUGGUGGCCACGCCUUGUCAAGCAUCGACACAGCAGGAUCGAAACCCCGACCAACGAGAAGACGCUGGCGGUCCUGAUGGAGUUUUUGGACGAGCUCAAAGACUUCGCUUCGGUAAGCGAUGGAAUACUCGGGAGUUCGGGAUAAAGGACCCUCCUGGCACACUGAGGCAGCCACAGAGGUCGUACUCGAUGCCCUCUUACGGCCGCUCGCAGUAUUCGGACCAGAAUGAAUCUGUCUAUGUGCCUCCUGUGCCGAAUUCUUCUCGUCAGCCUCGUUCCAUUCUGCGGCGUGUCAGUCGAUAUAAUGAUGAGCCUGCGAUUGACGCCGGAAGCUGA